UCAGCUUACCGGAAAGCACUGCAAUGGGAAAUCCAGGUUCUCCGCAACUCCAAACAGUGGUUUCUACACCUACACCUACAUCUAUUUCGGAAUCACCUUGUGCAACACAGAGCAGAACAGUCGCUGCUACACCUAUUCUGCCUAGCUCCAUAUCUAAUCCCCAUCGAUUUGGAAGCACCGCACCCUCAUCUGCGAGGAAAAGAAGCAGGAGCAGUACAGGUGCUCCUAGGACAUGGUCACGCAACAUUGUUUGCAUACCACCAGAAGAGUCAGAAGGCAACGUCUGUGUACUAAUACCACGCGGUUACAAACGUGCCAGACUGGCUGAGAGGGGUUUGAUUGGAAAACUGUCAUUGCAGUCAACAUGGAAUGAACGAGAAGUGGAGCAGGAAGUUUCGUCUGUUUUUCGAUCAGCAUUCAACCUCUCAGCUGACGAGAUUCUGCCAUACAAGUACCUCACCACCCAGCCAGGAACAAAAAGACUAAUGACCUCAAAUGUCAGCACCUCUUUCAUCUGGAAUGCACGUGAAGUGAUGAGCAAUGUUGGUCAAGGGGCAUUGUAUAUUGCUUCGGAUAUAAAAACUUCAUCUUCUCUUUACCACAUUCCUGCAGAAAUGUCUAGUGAUGAUGAUGAUUUCGAACCUACAAGGCAGUUCAACAGAAACAGAUCUAUGCGAACCCGUAGACGACCAAUGAUGCUGCAUGAGCUGGCUACAUCAAGUCUUUUUCAGGGAGAAGAGGGAAGAAGCAUCCCUACUUCCAGUUUGAGUAGCCUCCACAAGAGGGAGUAUUUUUUUGCUGGGCAGAUGUGUGGCAUGAUACUGUGCCAAGGUGGGCCACCCCCAAAGUUUUUGAGCCCUCUCAUACUGGAAUACAUCAAGAACAAUUGUAGAGGAGAAGACUGCAACCCAUCAGUGAUAGAGGUCGCACGGAUAUCUAGUGCAGAAAUACUAGAUACACUCGAGGAGAAUGACAGUGAGGAGCAUACAGCAACAGCAUAA